AUGGAGCAGCUGGAACCGGGCAGUCUGAUCCAGUAUCAGGGCUCACUGUCUCCUCCACCCUCAUGGCCAGCAGUAGUCUGUACAGACGACAUGGCACCUAAGGAUUUACUGCGAAGUCGCCCGCGCGGUGUUUCUACAAUUCUCAUAUUGAUCUUAGGUAGCCUAACAUUUCGCUGGGCAACCCCAAAAGAUUUGAGCGAAUACGAUCCGUUCAUGCCAAUUCUACAGGGACAAAUGGUAGCAAGAGUGCCGGGCCUAGGAGAUGCAUAUGGAAUGGCCAACAACCAUCUCGACUCUUCCCUGGACUUGGAGUAUUGGCGUGAGAGAGUGGGAGGUACUAUAACCAUUGAUUCUGAUCUCGAAUUAGACUCUGAAGACUCCAUGGACACUGAAUUUCAGCAAGCCUUACGCGCAAGCCGAGACGACUACUUGCGCAAGAAUCCUGCAAGUAGAAGCUUGCUGACGCCCUCUCAAUCGCCCCCAAUCGUAUUGCCAAGUCCACAAGUUAGUCGUACUGCCGCAACCCAGAACUCUACAAGAUUUUUUGGAGUCCCUCUGCCCAACAACACUAUAGACCUAACAGACGAGGAAGUCCCUACAGACGAGACCCCAAAACGAACAGAGCCAGCCACAAAACCGUUAUCCCAACAGACCUGCAUCCUAGACACCACCAACCUCUCCAGCAUCUUCAACAAACCAACCAGCGACACCAUAGAUGGCGAACUUACCCAAAGCAAACACUUCAUCCACGUCCCCGUGGGCCCCAAAUCCCAACUCCGCGUCCUCCCCCAGCAAUCCCUCUGGAACAGACCCUACUUCCGCGACCCGCGCCGCGGCCUCAACCACUUCGACUACAUCGACAACACAUGGAUCCUGCGCCAUCCAGCCCUGCGUCACAUCAACCCCGCCGACUUCGACUUUGCAGCCGAGUACCUCGAAAGCGACGACUUUGGGAUCCGAUUACCGCUCGAUCCGCUGGAGCAGCAGGGCUAUGCGGCGUGGAGUGUUGCGGAUCGCCUUGAUAUGCAUGAUCUUAUGGAGCAUGUGGUGGAUAAGCUGGAGGGUAUCACGCCGGGUAGGGAUGAGAUGAUGGUGUUUGCGUGUCGGAUUUUUGGGAAGAAAGGGGGUGGGGAUUUGCCGGGGCAUUAUCGGCUCAAGGAGUAUUUGGCUAGGUUUAUUGCGGAGGAUUGGUGGGGGUAUGUGAGGGAGCUGGGGGAGUGGUUUGUGGAGAGGUUGGAGGGGUUGCCUGAGUUGGAGAGGGAUGUGUGUGAGAAGCGGUUGGAGGCGUUGAAUGAGCGGUUGGAUAGGGAGGAGGAAGAGGAGGAAGAAGUGGAAGGCGGGGAAGAUAUGGAGAUUGAUUGA